UCACUGCUGAGGAGCUUGUUUACAUCCCCCCCGCCAGCCGAGCCCGACGCUACAUCCUUCAUAACCGCCAUGAAGCCCAAAGGAGCUCCUCGGCGGAGGCCGCGGCACCGGGACGCGGCGGCGGCCUCGUACCGGCGACGCGUGGACCGCGCGGAGGACGAGCAGAGGCCGCACAAACAGCCCCAGGGGGCCCGUUUGACUCUUCGGGCCGAGCGCUACCGGCCCCUCGUCGAGCAGGAAGCGGAGGAGGAGAAGCAGACCAAGAAGGAGAAGUACAAAAAAGUCCACAAGAAUGUGGGCAAAGCCCUAAAAUCCACCUGGAAGUGCCUGAUGCUCGGGCUGUACAAUUUCGCUCUGGGCUACGCUGCGCCCAUCGCUGCGGUUGCCGCUUUUGUGCCGGAGUUUGGCCCUGCGAGGAACAGAACCUCAACAAACCAGAAGAAAUGACGUGAAACCAUCAUGGACAUGUUUUCAAAUCUUGAGUCGCAAAAAAAGUCCAACGGGACUUCACUCUUCUUUGCAGUGACGCGUAUUAAUUUGUGAUCACUAAUCCAUAGUCGAAGCAUCUUUUGUUUCUGCAAAUUAUGAUUUUUUCAUAAAAUGAUGAUUUUUUUUUUUGGUAUUACAUUUCAUGUAAUUACAUUGUGUUACAACACUACUGGAAAAUUAUGACUUUAAUAUCAUGUUGUAAUGGUUUUAUUUGUAUAGAAUUAAUUUUUUCUGCAUAUGCAAGUUUCAUGCAUUAUUAUUAAUAUUACACUGACUUCAUUUUCAUCAAAUAAACUCUUUUUGGUUGGUACAUGUGUAUUAUUGUUUGGUUUUUGUUGAUUGUAACAAGUACAAGAGCUACAACUUAGAUCCCAAAGAAUGACACCUUACUCCUUCUCAAAUGACUGCGUUUUAUUAUAAUGUUAUGACUUAACUAAACGUGUAAUACUUUGAUUUAUUUUCAGAACGCACAUGUCAAAAUUACCAUUUAAAUCUCGUACCAUUAUUGCAUA